AUGCCUCGAAAAUCAACAAAGAAGACAACGGAGGAGCAGCAGCAAUCUCAAACUAAUGGGAACCACGUUGAUCCAGGAAACGCGUUACAACCAGUUGAGGAACCUCAACAACAACAUCUUCCAUUGUGCCCUCAAACUGGAAUGAAUUUUGGAAUGAAUGGAAUGUUCCGUAUGAAUCAGUACCACUGGAAUCCUCACUUUUCUCUUCUGUUAACUCCGAAUUUUCCUUAUCAUUAUUUUAGCACAAAUAUGUUUGGAUUCGGAGGAUUUCAAAUGGGAGGAACCAACUUCGGCGCUGUUCAACCAAGUCUUUUCCAGCAAAACCAACAUCUUGUGCAGCAUCAGAUGAAAAGUAUUUUUACAAAUUAUUACAUUCAGUACAUGAUGAACUACAACUCAAUGAUGGCACAAAACAUUUCAAUGCAGUUAUCGCAAACUCCGUUUGUUCCAGCUCUUGUACCAGAAGCAAAUUCUAAGCGAAAUCACAAUGAAGAUGAAAGCACUAUUGCUCCCGAAAAGAAGAGAAAUAAGAAAACCAACAAAUCUGACGAAUCGCUGCCAAUUGUAGAAAUGCAAGCAACCGAAGAAAUUCUAGUUGAUGUCGUAUCACCGGAUAAUGCUUAUCUUGUCAGCAGUCAACCUUUGAGUACCAGUACACAACCCGUAGAAAGAAAGACUAACAAAACUGCUGUACGUCCUCCACAAGAAGGCAUUUCAAUGUCAAUCGAAAAACUGCUUGGACUAAACGUGGACGACGGACCUGCUCCAAAAAAAAAACAUACUUCUGAUACAAAACUGACUAAUGUUUCCCAACAACACGAUAUCAUCGCUUCAAAAUCACCGCCGAACGUGGUUGAUUGCUCUACGGGAAACGAUGUGAAAGCUGUUGAAAACAAAAACAAGCCUGAAACAAAACUAACUGAUGUCAGCCAACAAACCGGGAGCACCGCUUCAACAGCACCUUCUCGAAUUGCGGGGAGCUCUUUAGGAAACAAUGUGAAAGCAGUCGGAAACACUCAAGAAUCAAAAAUAUCUGAUGUUUGCCCACAAAACAAUACCGUCACUUCAAAAUCACCUCCGGAUGUGGUUGAGAGUUCUUCGGAGAACGAUGCAAAACUCGUCAAAAACACUAAAGAACAAAAAAUGGAUGUAUGCCAACAAGCCGGUGACAACGGUUCAACAUCACCGCCGGAUGUGGUCGAGAGCUCUUCGGAGAACGAUGCAAAACUCGUCGAAAACACCCUAGAAUCGGAAACUACUGUUAGCCAACAAAACAACAUCAACGCUUCAACAUCACCUCCGCAUGUGGUUGAGAGCUCUUUAGGAACAAAUGUGAAAGCCUUAGAAAAUACUCAAGAACCAAAACCGGAUGCUCCUCAACAAAACAGUAUCCCAGCACCGGCGGUUUUGAUUGAGAUCACAUUUACUCUUGAAGAUGAAACAGAGCUACGUACCUUACACGGCCAGUACCUGAAACAACCGAGGUGUUCUAGAACUCGAGAACUGUUAUUUGAAGAAUGGGCGCAAAGAAUAGUGGAAGGCGAGAAGGAUGAUAUCAAAAUGAAAAAAGCAUUGGCACUCUCAAGGUCCAUCAUUCGGAGUCGUACCCAACACCUAAAGACUAAUUCUGAUACAAACAAACCAACCGAGAAUGAAAUUGGAGGAGUGAAAAGAAAAUUGGAAGCCGACCCUACUGGAAAUCUAGCUCUGAAAACGGCUCGAAAAGAACAAACCGAGUGUACACAGACAAAUGCAAAAGCUCAACCAAAUGGAGCUAUCAACGAAGGAAACCAAGUUCCUCCCCAAGAACCUCAGGUUCCAGAUGACAAGGAUUCUGAAGAAAAAGAGCCUAUUCAACAUGCUGAAAACGAUGAUGCAAAAAAUCAAAAACUGUAG